AUGGAUGUAGAGAAGGCCUAUGAUAAGGUCAAUUGGCAUUAUCUGGAUCAAGUCAUGGAAAAGAUGGGGUUCGGGAACAAGUGGAGAAGAUGGAUAUUCUCAUGUAUUUCUGCAGCUCAUUUCUCCAUACUGAUCAACGGGUCACCAGGUGAGCUCUUCAUAAGUACAAGGGGGUUGCGACAAGGCGAUGCUAUACCUCCCUUUAUGUUCACUAUAGUUAUGGAAGGGUUCAGUAAAAUGAUUAUGAAACUUGAGUCCCAGAGAAUGAUUGAAGGGUUCAAGAUAAUAACUCACGGAACAGCAGUGACUCAUCUUUUGUUUGCGGAUGAUAUGGUGAUCUUCACAACAGACUCGCCCGAACAUAUCCAUAAUAUUAGAGCUGUUUUCAUAUGUUUUGAGUUGGUUUAUGGAUUGAGUGUUAACCCCUUAAAUAGUCGGGCAUUUGGCAUAGGGAAUCCAUCAUCUCAAGAUAUAAUUUCUGCAACAAUGGGGUGCUCACAAGAACAACUACCUUUAACUUAUUUAGGAAUGCCAGCAGGAUCUCUUUACAGAAGCAAGGUUCAUUGGGCUCCCAUUAUAGAAAGAACAGAAAAGAAUCUACAAAGCUGGCAAAGGAUUUGUCUCACUUAUGGAGGAAGGUUAGUCCUAAUUCAGUUUGUCUUGAGUACUUUAGCUAUAUACAUGAUGUCUGUCUUCUCAAUGCCAGCCUCAGUAGCAAAGAAAUGUUAA